AUGCACAGGUGGUUUAGAACAAAGGUGGCGCUGCAGGAAAGUGGGAAAACUGGUUCUGGGACAAUUACAUAUCCGUAUGGGAUAUUCGACCUCAGGGUAAAGAAUGAUUUCCUCAAGUAUCAAGAUCGGCAACCAAAAAUGAAAAGACAAAUCAGACUAAUUGAAAUUAAAAUAUACCAUUAUGAGUGGAAGGGCAAGCCACAGAAUGGGAGAAGAUAUUUACCACAUUUGAAACUGGUAAACGACUCAUAUCUAGUCUAUAUUAAGAAUUCCAGGGACUUCCCUGGUGGUCCAGUGGUUAAGACUUCACUUUCCAAUGCAGGGGGUGUGGGUUCGAUGGUUCCCUGGUUGGGGAGCUAA